AUGUACAGUUGUGAUAAAUGUCAAAAAACAUUUACUAGACGAGAUAACUAUGUGCGUCAUAUGAAAAUAAAUCAUGAGAAUAAACUUUCGGUGCUGUGUGAUGUUUGUGGUAUGAUCUUCGACAACACUAGAAAUUACCAAUAUCAUAUGAAAAAAUAUCACCAAAUGAUAGUUCCAUAUAAUAUGAUGUCAAACAAAAGAAAAAGUUCUGAUUCUGAUAUCCAAGUUAAACGAAUUAAAAUUGAGAAUGAUCUGAACAAUGAAUUAAAGCACUGCACUUAUUGUAGAAUGGAUAUCAAGAAAUCUAUGUUCCAAGGACAUCUUAACAGUAAUUUGCAUAAAAGUAAUGCUUCUAAUAAGCAUUUAGACAACGUUGAAGUGAUCUGCACUGCAUUUAAGAGCCGUAUCAAAAGUUAUAGAAUUCGAGAUUGUGAUCGUCAUAUCGACUAUAAAGACUUUAUGAAAAAGCAAGAGUGUACAAUUUUGGGACUUAUAACAGAAGUUCUACAGGCGCAAAAUGUUUUAAAAGUUAAUUUCGAAAUGUUUGGACUAUAUGUUAAGGAUAACAGCGAUGAAACAGUUACCGAUACUAAGUCAUUUAAUACAAAAAAUGAAGUAAUAAACCAGUCAACGGAUUUAAGGAAGAGUUAUCGAAAGUUUACUGAAGACAUCACAUCAAAAAGCGAAGAAUUCCAAGAACGUGAUAGUGGGUGGGCAUUGCAGGAAGUGUUAUACCUCGAAAUAAAUAUCAAUAAAUACAAUCCUAUGCGUGGAGCAUCUUACAUUGAAUUACCAAGGAACAUUCAAUUGAAACAUGCCAUUAUAAAUGUGAAGAACAACGAUGAUGCAUGCUUUGCUUGGGCGAUUGUAUCUGCUUUAUAUCCUUGUCAAGACAACGCAGAUCGAGUUUCAUCAUAUCCUCAUUACAGUAAAGUGCUGAAUUUAAACGGUAUGGAGUUUCCAAUGAGCUUGAAAAACAUAUCAAAAUUUGAGAAAUUAAAUAAUUUAAGUGUUAAUGUGUAUGGGUUGGAAAAUAAUGUCCUUGUUGGACCUCUAUUUUAUACUAGUGAGAAAAAAGAAAAACAUGUUAAUUUGUUAUAUUUAGAAAAUGGAGAAAACGGACAUUAUUGUUGGAUUAAAAAUUUAAAUAGAUUAGUUAGUAGUCAAAUUUCUAAACGUAACGGUGCAUUGUGGUUAUGUGAUGGAUGCUUAAUGUAUUUUUGGAGUGAAGAUCGUCUAAAUGAACAUUUAAAACAUGAUUGUAAUAAAGUUCAUACAAUAUUACCUACUGAAAUGGAUAAUUGUUUAAAAUUUAAAAGCUUCAAUAAAAAAAUGCGAGUUCCUUUUGUAAUAUAUGCUGAUUUUGAAGCAGCCUUAAAGCCUUUUGAUACAUGUUUACCAAACCCUCUAAAAUCAUUUUCAAACAAUAUUCAAAUGCAUGAACCUUUUAGCUUUGCAUAUUAUAUUAAAUGCAAUUAUGAUGAUUCUUUAAGUAAAUUUGUUUUAUACCGAGGUGAUGAAUGUACCGAAAACUUUAUGAAUAAUUUAAAAGAAGAUGCGCAGCGUAUCAGUUCAAUAUUAAAAAAAGAAAUCCCAAUGAAAACUCUAACUAAGGAACAAGAUACUGAUUUUAUAAAUGCUAAAAAAUGUUUUAUAUGUGGUGAUAACCUCAAUGAAAAUCGUGUAAGAGAUCAUGAUCAUUUAACUGGACAAUUUCGAGGUGCAGCUCAUUCGGAAUGCAAUUUAAAAUAUCAAAUACCUGAUUUUAUUCCUGUUAUUUUACAUAACUUGAGUGGUUAUGAUUCUCACUUUAUUGUUAAAGAAUUUGGUGAUAGUGAUGAAAAAAUCGAUGUUAUACCCACAAACAAAGAACGAUAUAUUUCAUUUACAAAAUACAUCAAAACAGGCAUUAACAAUAGUAGUAUUCAACUACGAUUCAUAGAUUCGUUGAGAUUUAUGGCGUCAAGUAUUGACAAAUUGUCAAAGAACCUUAAUCGAAAUCAAUUCAUUGAAACUAAAAAAGCUUUUCAGAAAGAUGAAGAAUUUAAUUUGGUCAUGAAAAAAGGAGUUUUCCCAUAUGAAUAUGUUUCAUCAGCUGAAAAAUUGAAAGAUACAAAACUACCUCCCAAGUCUGCUUUUUAUAGCACUUUAAAUUCCUCAAGCAUAACAGACGAAGAUUAUUUACAUGCUCAGAUAGUAUGGAACACAUUUAAUAUGAAAACAUUAGGAGAAUACAGUGAUGUCUAUUUAAAAACAGAUGUGAUGCUCUUAGCUGAUAUUUUUGAAAAUUUCCGCAAUGUGUGUAUUAAAACAUAUGAUCUUGAUCCUUGUCAGUAUUAUACAGCACCGGGGUUAAGUUGGGAUGCAAUGCUAAAAAGUACCAAAGUUGAAUUAGAGCUCUUUACAGACAUAGAUAUGAUUCAUUUUAUACAAAAAGGUAUUAGAGGAGGAUUAAGUCAAUGCACCGGUAGAUAUGCAAAAGCAAACAAUAAAUAUAUGUCCAACUUUGAUGAAUCAAAGAAAUCAACAUUUUUAGGGUAUUUCGACGUUAAUAACUUGUAUGGAUGGGCAAUGAGUCAAUAUCUUCCAAUAAAUAAUUUUCGUUGGCUUAGUGAUGAAGAAUUAAAAUGUUUGAAUAUAGAAUCAAUAGUCGAUAAUUCUAAUAAAGGUUACAUUUUAUGUGUCGAUUUAGAUUAUCCUGAUUAUUUACAUGAUCUACAUAAUGACUUACCAUUUUGCCCUGAAAACUUGAAACCCCCAUAUAAAAACUCGAAGAAUACAAAACUAAUUGCAAAUGAGUUUGAUAAAACAAGAUAUGUAAUUCAUUAUCGAAAUUUAAAGCAAUGUCUUGCAAAUGGUCUCAUAUUGAAAAAAGUCCAUAAGGUGCUGGAAUUCAACCAGAGUGCUUGGCUGAAAUCGUAUAUUGAUCUCAAUACACAAUUAAGGACCUUAUCAACUAAUGAUUUCGAAAAAGAUUUUUAUAAACUGAUGAACAACAGUGUUUUUGGAAAAACAAUGGAGAAUGUUGAUAAGAGAGUAGAUGUAAAGCUUAUUACAAAAUGGGAUAGUGUUGGAAAACGUCUCGGUGCUAAUUCUUUGAUUAGUAAACCUAAUUUUCAUAGCCGGUCAAUAAUACAUGAAGACUUAGUAGUAAUUCAAAUGAACCGAUUAAAGCUGGAGGCACUGCAGCAGCAGCAGCUUCCAUUCGUCGUUUUCGACGAAAACGCUUUAAUCUACGUCGCUCGUUGA